AUGACCACCGGUAUCUAUGCCUUCUUCUAUUUGUAUAUCUUCUCUUCGAUCAUUCUCUAUUUUGUCUCCGGCGCUCUCCUCAUCGCCAUGAUCGUCCAGAUUAGAUUACGCGAGAAGUACUCCGUUUUCGCUGGCAGACAACACCAAUGUGGCAUUGUACAAGUGAUCUCGGCGAGUGUGCCUCUUGUACAGUGUCUCUUGUUAAUGUGCGAAGUGAUCGAUUGGUCAUUGGCCGCGUUUUCACCAAUCUAUUUUCAUCAAUCUUCGUUGAUUUGCAGGUUG